AUGACCAAACUCUGCUUCCGCUAUCUGCCACGCCCUCAGUUCACCAACCUCAACAAACAUGUCUUCCCCGUCUACUUCUCCCUCCAACUCGGCCUCGUCCUGCUGACCGCGGCGACAUAUCCGCCCCAGAGCCUCCUCUCGCUCGUCCGCCAGGGUCACUGGAGCGAGUAUAUGCCCUUGGCGCUGAACGUGCUGAUGGCGGCCCUGAACGCCGGUGUGUACGGGCCGAGGACGUUGAAGCUGAUGGUUGAGCGCACACACCAAGAAACCCGAGACGGAGCACGCAAAGCGAGACCCGACGUUCCGGCUCAGGACCGCGAACUGCCCGAACAGCAGCAGACCGACACCGUCGUCUCGGACGCCAUGAGACUCCUGAAACGCACCUUCUCGACGAGCCACGCCAUGGCGAUCCAUCUGAAUAUGAUCGCCAUGAUCGCCACGGUGUGGUAUGGCUUCUCGCUUGCUUCCAGGGUUCAAUUCACGCUCGAAUGA